AAAGUGACGAAGGAGACGUUGCGUGGCCACGAACACAUAGGGAGCCCUACUAACAAACCGUCCACGACUCCGGCGAGGCCACCCUGGUGGCGUCCGCCUAUGCUGGCGGCGACGGCCCCCGCGGUGGUGGACCCCGCCCGCGUCCACGCCCACCUCAUCAAGUCGUCCUCCGACGACCGCGCCCUCUACAACCAGCUCAUCACCCUCUACUCCCGCUCCUCGGCCACCAUACCCGACGCCCUCCGCCUCUUUCGCCGUCUCCCCUUCGCCCCCACCCCCAUCUCAUGGACCGCCGCCGUCUCCGCCCUCUCCUCUGACCCCGUUGCCGCCCUCCGUCUCUUCCUCUCCAUGCUCCGCGGCCCCUCCCGCCCCACCCAGGCCACCCUCUCCUCUCUCCUGAAGUCCCUCUCCCUCUCAUCUCCCCCGCUCCUCUCCGCCGCCCUCCAGCUCCACUCCCUCUCGCUUAAGCUCGCCCUUUCCCGCCUACCCUUCUCCGGUACCGCCCUCGUCGCUUUCUACUCCAAGGCCCGCCGCCCCUCUGACGCCCUCAAGGCGUUCGACGACCUCCCUCACAAGGACGAGGUUUGCUACGCCGCCGCCAUAGUUGGCAUGGCCCAGAACCACCGACCCACCUGCGCCUUCUCACUCUUCGCCGCCAUGAGGGUCGCCGGCGUCGCCUCCACCGUCUAUAGCGUCUCCGGCGCCCUACGGGCUGCGGCCCACCUCGCCGCCCUCGAGCAAGCCCGGGUGGUCCAUGCCCACGCUAUCAUCGCCGGGCUCGAGCCCGAUCUCGUGGUCUCGACCGCCCUUGUCGAUGCCUACGGGAAAUCCGGCCUCGUCUCUGACGCACGGAUGGUGUUCGACGCUUUGCUACCGGACGCCAACCUCGUCACCUGGAAUGCAAUGCUUUCGGCCUAUGCGCAGCAAGGGGACUCGGAGUCGACAGUCAAGCUGUUUGACGAAAUGCUCGAAAGGAAGAUCGCACCUGAUGAUUUUUCCUUUCUUGCCGUCCUCACGGCAUGGAGCAAUGCUGGUUUAGUUGGUGAGGCAGAGCGAUGGAUUGAUUUGAUGGGCUCGAGUUUUGGAAUGGCGCCGAGCCUGGAGCACUACAAUUGCCUGGUUGGGGCGAUGGCCAGAGUGGGGCGUUUAGAGGAUGCCGAACGCCUCGUGCUCACGAUGCCAUUCGAGCCGGAUGCUGCUGUGUGGCGGACUCUGCUAUCGGGUUGUGUGGUUCAUGGUGCAGCUGACUUGGCAACAACCGUGGGACGGCGUCUUUUAGAACUGGACCCUCAGGAUGACUCUGCCUAUGUCAUGCUCGCCAACAUAUAUCUGGCGGCAGGGAGAAAGGACGACAUGGCCAAGGUGUGGAGAGAGAUGAGGGACCAGGGAGUAAAGAAGGAGGGUGGACGAAGUUGGAUUGAGGUGAGAGGGGAGGUGCAUGCAUUCAUUGCAGGGGAUAGGAUGCAUAAAAAUGCGACAGAUAUCUACGCCAAGGUGGUGGAACUGAUGGAAGAAGCAAAGAAGCUGGGAUAUGAAGAGGCGGAUGAGGGACUUUGGCACCAUAGCGAGAGGUUGGCGGUGGCGUUUGGGGUGCUGAGCGGAGCAGCGCCAGAAGGGAAGGCAUUGAGGGUGGUGAAAAAUUUGAGGAUUUGCGGGGAUUGUCAUGAAUUCUUUAAAUACGUUACUAGGGUGAUUCAGAGGGAGAUUGUGGUGAGGGACGUGAAUAGGUACCAUAGGCUUCAACAUGGUUGCUGUACAUGCAAGGACUAUUGGUGAAUUUGGCCACCAUGGUCUUAUGGUUUGAUUGCAGUAUCGGAAACCAUCAGUAACUCGUCAACAGCAAUCAUGAUGUGAUGACUUGAAGCUGUUGUAAUUUUAUUGUAGUCUGGAGCCUUGGUAAGUUGGUAUUUUUUUUUUUUUCUCACUAUCAAUAAACUUGAGUUUUGUUCAAUACAAGAUGGAUCAUACAGAGGGAUGGAUUGUACGUGCCA